AUGGAAAAUUACACAAUGUGGAGUAAUUUCUCCCAAGUUCUGUCGGAGCUGGACGGGACGAGCGGCGAGGAAGAGGAGGACGACGACGAGGACGGCGGGAGCGCAGGAGGCAGCGGCGGACUGCGCGUCCUCGUCGGCUGCGUCCUCUUCCUGCUCAUCGUGUCCACGCUGCUCGGGAACACUCUGGUGUGCGCUGCCGUAGUCCGGUUCCGCCACCUGCGCUCCAAAGUCACCAACUUCUUCGUCAUCUCUCUGGCCGUGUCCGACCUUUUCGUGGCCGUGCUCGUGAUGCCGUGGGAGGCCAUCACUGAGGUCACAGGCACGUGGUUGUUUGGACGGUUUUGCGGGGUCUGGAUCGCCUUUGACAUCAUGUGUUCCACGGCCUCCAUCUUAAACUUGUGUAUAAUCAGUGUGGACCGAUACUGGGCCAUUGCCAGCCCGUUCAAAUAUGAGCGGAAGAUGACUCACCGGGUGGCGUUUGUCAUGAUCGGGGUGGCGUGGUCGCUCUCCAUCCUGAUCUCCUUCAUACCGGUGCAGCUCAACUGGCACCAAGUCAGCGAGGAGGAAGAAGAUGUGAUGGAGGAAGUGAUGGAAAUCAUGGACGCCACCAGUAGGAACUUCACAAACAGCAGCAUCCUCAACGCCACCGCCGUCGCCAAGAGCUGCGUCGCCAACCUGAACAAAACCUACGCCAUCUCCUCUUCCCUCAUCAGCUUCUACAUCCCGGUGGUGAUCAUGAUCGCCACCUACACCCGCAUCUACAGGAUCGCUCAGACCCAAAUUCGGCGGAUAACAUCUUUAGAGCGGGCGGCAGAACAGGCGCAGAACCAAGGUCAUGGCGUGAGCCGGAACCAGCAGCAGCAUCGGCCCAAUGAUGAAGCCUCGCUGAAGUCGUCAUUCAAGAAGGAGACCAAAGUCCUGAAGACGCUCUCCAUCAUCAUGGGGGUGUUUGUCUUUUGCUGGCUGCCAUUUUUUGUCCUCAACUGCACCGUCCCGUUCUGUGACCCGCCAUGCGUCAGUGACACCACCUUCACCGUCUUCGUCUGGUUCGGCUGGGCUAACUCCUCCCUUAACCCUGUCAUCUACGCAUUCAACGCAGACUUCCGCCGGGCCUUCGCCACCAUUCUGGGCUGCAACCAGAUGUGCUCCAACAACACGGUGGAGGCCGUGAACUUCAGCGAUGAACUUGUUUCUUACCACCAUGACACGACGCUCCACAAGGAGAUGCUGGUCCCUGCGCAGCCGCAGCAACAGCCUCGCACCAUCAAUGUUGGGUCAGACCACCUGGAGGACAUGAGCUCACAGUUUGAUGAGGAGUCGAUCAUCUCCAACGGUUCCCAGAGCCACAACAGACUCCUGCUGCUUCCUGCCACCGUCCAGCUGGAGGACGACCCCGAAAUCUCCUUGGAGACAAUCACGCCAUUCACCUCAGCGGGGGGACUUGAGAGUGAUGCUCUUAUACCAGGUCAAGUCCAACAGGAUGGUUAG